AAUUUUAGACAACAAAAAAAUAUCUAAGAUGUUCGUACAGUUAGCGCCAUCGGCGUCUCCUUCGCCGGCGUUCGCCGGCAACUUUGUCCACCGCCGUAGCUUCCGAAAAUUUCCUGCCACCGUUGUUGCUUCUCUUUCCACUUCCAGUCCCUCUCCUCCGUCUAUUCAGAUUAUUGGAGGAAAGAACUUGAAUUUGGAUGGGAGUCCAAGGGCCGAUUACGUUGGUAUGGUGGGGGCAGAUGAAGGAGAAGUUGAUUGGAUUGAACUAGAAGCUGAUCUUCAUUACUGGACUCGACCAUUACGCCCUGUUCAGUGGUAUCCAGGUCACAUUAUGAAAACCGAAAAGGAACUAAAGGAACAGCUCAAGCUGAUGGAUGUUGUAAUUGAAGUCCGAGAUGCUAGAAUUCCUUUGUCUACAACGCAUCCGCUGAUGGAUGCAUGGCUUGGCAAUAGGAAACGGAUAUUAGUAUUAAAUAGAGAAGAUAUGAUAUCCACUGAAGACCGAAAUGCUUGGGCAAGGUAUUUUGCAAAGCAAGGAACGAAGGUGGUCUUCACCAAUGGCCAACGUGGAAUGGGAACUAUGAAGCUAAGCCGCUUAGCAAAGGCAUUAGCAGUAGGCGUAAAUGUGAAACGGCGAGCAAAAGGGCUUCUGCCUAGGCCAGUUCGGGCUGGAAUAGUUGGUUAUCCAAAUGUCGGAAAAUCAUCUUUGAUCAACCGUCUGUUGAAGCGCAGAAUGUGCCCAGCAGCUCCAAGGCCAGGUGUAACAAGAGAAUUGAAAUGGAUCAAACUCGGGAAAGAUCUUGAGCUACUGGACUCCCCUGGAAUAAUUCCAAUGCGCAUCAGUGAUCAAGCAUCUGCCAUAAAGCUUGCGAUCUGCGAUGACAUUGGGGAGAGAUCUUACGAUGUUACAGAUGUUGCUGGAAUUCUGGUACAAAUGUUAGCCCGGAUUCCAGAAAUAGGGUCAAAGGCCCUCCAAAGCCGAUACAAGAUUGACUUAGAUGGCAGCUGUGGUAAAACAUUUGUGCAGAAGGUGGGUCUUCAUUUGUUCGGAGGAGAUACCCAUCAAGCUGCAUUCAGAAUACUGACCGAUUUUCGCAAAGGGAAAUUUGGUUGGGUCGCGUUGGAGAGACCUCCACAGUAGAUACGACUUGUGUCGGAGAUGUUUGGCCAAGCCUAUGAGCAGAUAUAUUGAUUCCCGCCGGCGAUCUGAAAGCCCUAAAAUCUAGGAUUCUUAGAUGAUGUUGGCGACAUUGCGGAUCGUUCUGGUCUGACUAAUAGGCCUCACAUGCCUUAACGUGUAUAGCAAAUGUUCUUUGUAAAUCCUUGGGGAGCAUCAAGGUGCUAUAAAAACAUAAACUUUAAACUGCUUAUGAGGAAAAAAACACUCAAAACCUUUGAAAGGUGAAGCUUUGAAGUAUACCCAAA